UGUCCAGCUGAAAGCACAUUCUGACCUGAACACAUCACAAGCUGACUCUCUGUGAUCAUUCAAAUCACAGAUACUUUAAACACCGAAAGAUCCUUGAAGGAAUGAAUGCCAUCGACAACAUGACUGCUGACUAUAGCCAAGAUGACUACGAUGAGACAUUAAACAACUCAAUGUGUGAUUUUGACGAGUGGGAACCGUCAUAUUCAUUGAUUCCUGUGCUCUACAUGCUCAUCUUCAUCCUGGGCCUCACUGGGAACGGUGUGGUCAUCUUCACUGUGUGGAGGUCCCAGUCCAAACGGAGAGCUGCGGACAUCUACAUUGGAAACCUUGCUCUUGCUGACCUGACCUUUGUGGUGACCCUGCCACUGUGGGCUGUGUACACCGCCCUGGGAUACCACUGGCCCUUUGGGGUGGCCCUCUGCAAGAUCAGCAGCUACGUGGUGUUGCUCAACAUGUACGCCAGUGUCUUCUGCCUCACCUGCCUGAGCCUGGACCGCUACAUGGCCAUCGUUCACUCCCUCACCAGCACUCAGCUGCGGACCAGAGGACACAUGCAGGCCUCGCUGGCCGCCAUCUGGAUCCUCUCAGGUGUGCUGGCUGCACCGACGCUGCUGUUUCGCUCCACGGUGUACGACGCCGAGACCAACCGCACCUCCUGCGCCAUGGACUUUAGCCUGGUGGUGAGCAAACAAGGCCAGGAGACCUACUGGAUCGCCGGCCUCAGCAUCUCCUCCACCGCUCUCGGCUUUCUGAUCCCCCUUCUGGCCAUGAUGGUGUGCUACGGGUUCAUCGGCUGCACCGUCACACGUCACUUCAACAGCCUGCGCAAGGAGGACCAGCGCAAACGGCGCCUGCUCAAGAUCAUCACCACGUUGGUGGUGGUGUUUGCUGCCUGCUGGAUGCCCUUCCACGUCGUGAAGACCAUGGAUGCUCUUUCGUACCUGAACCUUGCUCCUGACUCCUGCACCUUCCUGAACCUCCUUCUUCUGGCUCAUCCCUACGCAACCUGUCUGGCGUACGUCAACAGCUGCCUCAACCCGAUUCUCUACGCCUUCUUCGACCUCCGCUUCCGCUCCCAGUGCCUCUGCCUCCUCAACCUGAAGAAAGCCCUUCACGCCAGUCCUGCCAGCUCCCUUUCUUCACAGAAGACCGAGGCCCAGUCGCUGGCUACCAAGGUGUGAGGAGGUGGGUGGAAGGGUGAUGCAGACAAGUCAACAACUGUUACAUCCUUCACAAGAACUCAAUUGUUGUUGAGGACAAGCAGACUUUCCUUUUGUAUCUGACUGUGGGAACAUCAGGAACCAGCUUCCUUGUCCCGGGACUAAACAUUGGUACUCUGUGAACUGCAAAGAAGAACGUUCUGGUUUUGAAGAACUUGAUGCAGUCCGUUUGUCCUGGAGACCACAAGCAGACCAGAGACAGACCCCCACUGACAGCUGUGCUCCAGACGUGUGGGACAGAGUUGGGGAGAAUGAGCGAGGGCUUUUCUGCUUUUCUCUUAGUUGCCUCUGGAGCUUCAUAGACUUACAUGGAGCUGCAGGGUGCUGGGUGGUCCACGGAGGGGUUCGAGAACAAUUAAUGGACUCUAUACUUCUGAAUCUGUAUUAGUGCAUUUAACUGUGCUCUUUACCAUCUUGUAUUUUUUUUUCGGUUGCUUGUUUAUUUUAUUUUUUUGUCCUUUAAGCACUUGUUCAUAAGGGGCAGAGAUAAGAACGGUGGCCAGUCUGUCUUAUCUGAACCGUCAGGAUAGGGGAGGGAGGGAUGGGUGCCUUACUCGAGAAGAAGUGUUGCAGCUUGAUUAAAGACUUUUGGGGGGAGGUGGGUGAGACGAAAACAUGGAGGGGGGUGAACUCAGACAGACAGAUGGCAGUUGACAAAUGUUGUCGGGGAAAAGGGACGACCAAUUAAUAGGUGGCAGCUUCGACGGAUGAGAUACUGUGCAUGUAAGUGUGAACUAAUGAAAUGUGUGCCAGUGAAUUUUUUAUUUUGACAAACUUAUGUGAAAAAAAACUGCUGUAUGAUGCUUUUAUGCAGUACUCUAUGAAUAAAACAUGUACAAUGAA